UCGCAUCGGCGCAUCGGCUUGGCAUCUCCGUCGAUCGAGAAUCUCAUCAUCCGCCAAUUAUGAGACAAGGUCCUGCUAUCCUCUACGAGUUGGCCGUCUCGCAAACGAAGUUCAAAAUGUUAUGAAGUCAGGAUAAGCUGUGGCGAUGAUAUGGAACAGGAAGAGGAGCCAGCUUGAAGAUUCGCGAAGAUGUAAGCAAGGAUGAGAAGGGGAAGCCUGUCAUGGCGAAGAAGUGAGAGUCAAGUUCAAGCAACACCUCAUCAAUUGAAACCGUCGUCAACUCUCGCCAAGCGACUUGAGUCCUUCCGGAGUGCCGGCUGCGACAACAUGCAAUCACACAUACCAUGCCCUAGCGGCGUGCCUUUUCGUGCAAUCUGCACGCCGAAGCCUCAGUCGAGGGUUCGACUCCGCUAUCACAGGGUGCCCUGGCCGUCUUCCAAGGACUUGGGCUCAAUUCAAGGCAGAUUACGCACCAUGUACAAUGCAUCAACGACGACACAGCCCACUUCAUCAGCCAUAGGUGAUACCUGGGUACGGAUGGAAUGGGAAGCUAGGAAGUCUGGUCAAGAAGGAAGCCUGUGGACCUAUUCAACAACAUCCAUUUCCUCAUGGAAUCGAAACAAAAUUCAAGAGCUCGCAAGACUUUGGUGAUCGCAAAACGACGAUACGUGAGCUUCAAUGGGUGCGCUGCAGGGAAACGGGCUUUCGUCCAAGUUUG